AUGUCUAUACGAUAUAGUAAAACACAUAUUCGAACAUUAUUUUCAAUUGAAUGUGAAAAUGGAAAAUGCAUUAAAGAUUAUUCAUGUUUUCAAAGAGAAAGUGAAAUAUUGUUAAUGCCAUCAACGUACUUUCAAGUAAUUGGUCAUAAUGAUCAAGGUAAUGGUUUACAUAUUGUUCAUUUGAAAGAAAUACAACCACCUUUUACUUUACUUCAACCACCACAAGGAUUAGAAUUGACUUACUCAACACAGCCAAAAGAAUUAAUAUUAAAAAAUCAAGGGUUAAGAAUAGAGAAUAUUAGUGAAAUUGCACAAUCACUUAGAGGAAAUAAAAUCUUAAAGAUUUUAGACUUAGGUGGUAACAACAUAACAAAUGAAAGCGCGCAAAUUUUAGCAGAAUCAUUGUUAGAAAAUGGUAUACUAGAACUUUUGAAUAUAGAUGGAAACGAAGUUGAAGAUAAUGGUAUACAAGCAAUUGCCAAGGUAUUGGAAGUAAAUCAGAGUUUAACAACUCUGGGAAUAAUGGAUAAUCGAAUAAGAAAGAAAGGAGCAAUAGCUCUUUCAGAAAUGUUAAAAGUGAAUAAAACUUUGAAGUUAUUGAACAUUGGAAAUAAUCGUAUUGAGAAUGAUGGUUGUAUAUCAAUAGCUGAAUCAUUAAAAAUUAAUAAUUGUUUAGAAACACUUGGAUUACCGGGAAAUAACAUUGGUGAUAGUGGAGCAUAUGCUCUAGCAGAAAUGCUUUUAAUGAAUAAAUCAUUACAUUUUCUAAAUAUUGACAAUAAUCAAAUUAACGAAUGUGGUGCACGAGCACUGAGUGAAGCAAUCCAAGUCAAUAACACAUUGAAAAACUUCUAUAUUCAAGACAAUCAAAUAACAGACGAAGGCAAAACAUUACUACAGCAAGCGGCUAAGUCAAACAGAAAUUUAAGAGUAUUCAAAAUGUAA